AGAUAAUCAUUUUAUUCAGCCCGUGGUUGCUCUAUUGCAAUUUUGUAACUUUUCGUGAUGGCAAGUCUUGCAAAGUUUUCCCCUUGUUUUCGAGCUGCCCUUUUCAAACCACAGGCACUAACAGUUGCGAUCAGACAUUCAUCAACAGAAUCCAAGAAGCCCGAAAAGACUACAUUUGGGCCUCUGAAGGAUGAAGACAGAAUCUUCACCAAUCUAUAUGGACGCCAUGACUGGAGGUUAAAGGGGGCAAUGAGCCGGGGUGACUGGUACAAGACAAAGGAGAUCAUCUUAAAAGGGCACGAAUGGAUCAUCAAGGAGGUGACUAAGUCGGGUCUCCGUGGUCGAGGUGGGGCUGGCUUCCCUACUGGCAUGAAGUGGAGUUUCAUGAACAAACCAGAUGACGGCAGGCCGAAAUAUCUUGUCGUCAACGCUGACGAAGGUGAACCAGGGACGUGCAAGGAUCGUGAAAUCAUGCGUCAUGACCCCCACAAGCUUGUUGAGGGCUGCCUAGUAGCCGGCCGAUCCAUGGGUGCUCGGGCGGCCUACAUCUACAUCAGAGGAGAGUUCUAUAAUGAGGCGUCAAACAUGCAGUUGGCUAUCAAUGAGGCAUACCAAGCAGGUCUGAUUGGGAAGAAUGCCUGCGGGAGUGGUUAUGACUUUGAUGUCUACAUGCAUCGAGGUGCUGGAGCCUAUAUCUGUGGAGAAGAAACAGCACUGAUUGAAUCCUUAGAAGGCAAGCAGGGCAAACCACGCCUAAAACCUCCAUUUCCCGCUGAUAUUGGCGUGUUUGGAUGCCCGACCACCGUCGCUAAUGUGGAAACAGUGGCAGUCGCUCCGGCUAUCUGUCGUCGUGGGGGGGACUGGUUUGCUUCCUUUGGCAGGGACAGAAACAGGGGCAAUAAGCUAUUCAACAUAUCAGGCCAUGUCAACAAUCCAUGCACCGUUGAGGAAGAAAUGUCUGUGCCGCUGAAGGAUUUGAUCGAGCGCCACGCGGGAGGUGUGAUCGGAGGCUGGGAGAACCUUGCCUGUAUCAUCCCCGGUGGAUCGUCUGUACCUUUGAUCCCACAAGAUAUCUGCAGUACUGUCCUCAUGGACUUCGAUGACCUCAUCCGUGUACAGAGCGGCCUAGGAACCGCUGCCGUUAUUGUCAUGAAUAAGCAAGCAGACGUUGUGAGGUGUAUCGCCCGAUUGAUCGAGUUUUAUAAACACGAGAGCUGCGGACAGUGCACACCGUGUCGCGAAGGCGUACACUGGAUGAUGAAAAUUAUGAAAAGAUUUGUGACUGGUAAUGCCAAGUCAAGUGAAAUUGACAUGAUCUAUGAACUGAGUAAACAGAUUGAAGGACACACUAUUUGUGCGCUAGGAGACGGUGCAGCGUGGCCGGUCCAGGGUCUCAUACGACAUUUCCGCCCCGAAUUAGAACGACGCAUCACUGAGUUUGAGGCGAAGAAUCAACAAAUGGCACAAAAAGUAUAAAGACAGUCAGUGUUUAUGGCAAGAUUGCCAGACUUGUAAAUAGGCUUCAGUGUACAGGAGUUAAAGGUUUAAGAAGUGAAACACUUUCUAGCAAUCAAAAUCGAUUUUAGAUUUUCGUGAGGAUUCGUAUUUUGUGUUGUAGGAUAAUAUCGAACAACAUGGCUCUGUUCGAGCAGAUUUGUUUACCAUAUGCGAGAAAAAAGGACUGUUGCAAAUGAAGGGUUUCAUAGCGGAAAGCAAGAUGUAUCACAUUUUGAGAUGAAAGGCUUAGUUACUUGGUGUAGUUUGUAAGAUAAUGAUGUGAAAAUCCACAUAAGAGGCGGAGAUCUGUUUGUGAUUUGAUUGGGAAUUGGUAAAGGAAUGUAACGGAUACAUUAAUUUGACAGCAGGAAUUUUGGAAAACUCACAGAAAUAUUUGAAACGGGAAACAGAAAGAUGAUGAAUAUUGGAAUUUUGCUUCUGUGGAAUAUGCAGUCAUCUUGAACAUUGAGUACCGUAAAUAGAUUUUUGUUCUGAAAGUGAAUCAACAAAAGCAAUGUCCAGAUGUAUUAAAUAACUCACCCCUAUUGUGUCGACUGAGUGGCCAAUGUGAGUGUUUCUGUUCAAUGAAUAUUAUUUAAAAUGUA